UUGCCCUUAUCGGAGCUCGUGACUGAUGAACUGAUGGUUCAAAUCGAAAUGCUCCUUGGGAGUUGUAGUUGACCUCUCCUGGUGGGUCCCCUUGCGUUUUUUGGUACAUAGACUUGUACCUUUGACUUUAUCAAAGAACCUAACAUUUUCUAACGCAGCUACUCACCAUUGGGUAGCUACUCAAUGUUGAGUUUCAAACCCAGACAAGCCUUGGAUGAUCCAACUGAUCCAACUGCCAGUCGCCUAACUUCUACGCAGAAAAAAAAUCUAAAUAACCCCGCCCACUCCCAAACGCCAAGUUUACUGUCUCCAUGGUUACAUUGCUAAACACCGCACAGAGUACUGCGACAGAAAUUCGUUGGGUAAAAAGUUUUAAUUUUAAUACGAAAAUGAGCGUAUCUGUCACUCGCACGAUUCCUAAGAAAAAUUAUGCUGAUAAAGUUGUUACGCGACAACGGGUUUAUGACUACUUGUAUGAUCCGGUUUACACAGUGUCAUCGGAGGUGGACCAUGUCAAGGCCUAUACGUCUAAGGACCGACUCCGAAGAGUGCCUGACUUUGGGUCUAUGUUCAGUAGCCUGCCCCACCACCCACGGUAUACUAUUCAGCUGGAUCCUGCAGACCCAGUGCCGGCAUCUAUUGAUCGUCGCUGGCGAGGCCACACAGAGCAGCGCAAAGAGGCAUUGCAGCAGCUGGCUGGGGUUAUUCCUAAAAGGGAGGAGUGCCAUGUGACUGGAGUUGAUCGCUGGAAAUACUUUAAACGCCCUCUAAUUCCUGUUGCACAGCAGGUUCCCCCAGAUGUGAUUUUUGCUUUGCCAAAAGAAGACUUUGUAACGACUGGUGGAAAGAAUGCUGAACAACAGCCCACUCACUUCACUGUGGGGGUCCAGACGGACUACAGGGAAAGUGAAACACAAACAGACCCAUAUAGCCCUGAGUUUGUGAUACAACCUGGGACGACUCCCUCAGAGCUCCUGCAACUAGCCGCUUUGACUUGGGGUCAUGGUCUGCCUGCAGGCUUGGCAGAAGUGGAAAUGAUAGGGCGGGCACGUGCCAAGCAAGCUUGGGAGGCCAGCCUUCCUCCACUGGGUGACCUGAGUCAGCUUGACAAGAGGAGGCGUAUGAUGGAGGAGAUGGAGGCCAAAGAGUGGGCUUUCAGAGAAGGAGAAAUCCAGAAAUUGCAAGAGGCCCGUCUUGCUGUGCUGAAGGACCUGCUGAGGCAGAGAGAUGGGGCCCAGAAAGAAGUCACAAACGAGAGACUUAACCUAAUAUUUUCUAAGCACCAAAAAGACAAGGAGACCAAGCUCCAAAAGAUCCACAAUGACUACAUGAGAUCGCUGAGAAAACUGGAAGCUAAGAGGAGAAAUGUGGAGGGGAAGCUAGAACAUGGUCUUGUCAAAGACUAUACAGAGUCUCAGAAAUAUGCCCCUCAGACCCACAGGGGCGCGUUCACCAGGAGUGCCUGCUACAAUGAGUUAAAAACCCACUACUUAGACACAUAUGAAGGUUUGCAAGAGCUUGAGGCAGGACUCUCUGCCUCAGUCCUCAAGCCCUGGGUGAAAAGACACAAACCCAAAGUUAACAUCAUCAAGUGUAUGAUCCAGCCCCCUGCAAGCAGAGCAGUAGAACUGAUGAAGAAAUACAAGGCCCUGAGGGAAGAGAACGAUCAAGUGACAAAGAAGUCCCUGCGUUUUCUUGUCAAGAACGAGAAGCCUGUUCCUCGUCCUGUCACUCCCAGAGUGGAGGAGCCACCAGAGGGGGAUGAGGAGAUAGAGCUUGCAGUCAUCCACUUGCAGAAACUACUGAGAGGAAGAAGUAUCCAGUGCGAGAUGUUUAAAGGCAAGGAGAACCAUCUGGAGCUUAUCCACGAACUGAGGACUGUUCAUGCCUUGCAGAGGGAGGAGCAGGAGCUACAGAAAGAUGAAAAAGGGCUUGUAAUCACCCUGAAAAAACAGAGAGACAAUCAUAGACACAAGACCUCUCAAGAGGAGGCAUCUCAGGCAAGAGUGGUAGGUGCUGAGCUCGAACACCUGUUCGACACCUUGUCAAAGGAGCUGAUUCAUCUUCAAGAAGAGCGCAGGAUCCAUGCCUUUACUAUACUGGCUGAGAGAGACCGUCGCCUUCGAGAGGCUGAGGAGAGUGGAAGGAGACAGGUGGAGGAGCGCAGACGCAGAGAAGAAGAUGAGAUCUUUAGACAAGUGGUGCAGGUACACCAGGAAACUGUGGAUUUGUAUUUAGAGGACAUCAUCUUGGGGACCUUGGAGCAGACAGCUGACCAGCAGGCUAGAGAGGAGAUCCGCAGGAGGGCAAAGGAGGUCAAUGAUAUCGCUUAUGCCAUGGAGGAAAGUAGCCGGAACAAUCUUCAGUCAGAAGAAAUUGUGUCAGAGCUGGUGUACAGCUUCCUCAUCCCAGAGGUGGAGAAGAUCAGUGUCAGGCAAAGAGUGCACACGAGGCAGCAUAGACACUUGCAGGCAGCUCGUGGUAUCAUUCAUGGGACUGCAGAACAUUCUGGGAUCUUUCCUAGUACUCUGGGGGCCUCACAGUUGACCCAUCCCUCUGAAAGAGCCUCCAACCAAGCCCUCGAGGAGAUGAUCAGCCAAGUGGAGCAAGAGCAGAAGAAGGAAGCAAAGCAGCACCACCAUCAAACUGAGUAAAGAACGGACAAAAUAUAUUAAAAAAUAUAUAUGGUGUGACUGCAGUAUGUCUGUAUUUGCAGUUUCAUAUUCAUCAUUGUGGGUUAAUUAUAGCCCUUUGACUAUUACUUGUGUAUUUGAUCUCAAAUGUAAAGUUUGUUCCCACGUUUGCCGUCCAACUACAAGUUACAUUUGGACUCAGAGCUUGUUAGGUGCCCUGAAGUAACUUUCUGUCAUUAUCCUGCAGUCUUACACAACAAUCCUGCAAUAAACCCUACCUUCAUAAA